AUGGGUCUCAAGGAGCAGCAAGUUGGGCAACAGGACCCUCUGGAAGCAGCGGUGUGUCAUUAUAGUCCUGGUAGUCCUGGUAGUCCUGGUGGUCCUGGUGGUCCUGGUAGUCCUGGUAGUCCUGGUAGUCCUGGUAGUCCUGGUAGUCAUUAUAGUCCUGGUAGUCCUGGUAGUCAUUAUAGUCCUGGUAGUCCUGGUAGUCCUGGUAGUCCUGGUGGUCCUGGUAGUCAUUAUAGUCCUGGUAGUCCUGGUAGUCCUGGUGGUCCUGGUGGUCCUGGUAGUCCUGGUAGUCCUGGUAGUCCUGGUAGUCCUGGUAGUCCUGGUAGUCCUGGUAGUCAUUAUAGUCCUGGUAGUCCUGGUAGUCCUGGUAGUCCUGGUAGUCCUGGUGGUCCUGGUAGUCCUGGUGGUCAUUAUAGUCCUGGUAGUCCUGGUAGUCAUUAUAGUCCUGGUAGUCCUGGUAGUCCUGGUAGUCCUGGUAGUCAUUAUAGUCCUGGUAGUCCUGGUAGUCAUUAUAGUCCUGGUAGUCCUGGUAGUCCUGGUAGUCCUGGUAGUCCUGGUAGUCCUGGUAGUCCUGGUAGUCCUGGUGGUCCUGGUAGUAGUCCUGGUAGUCCUGGUAGUCCUGGUGGUCCUGGUAGUCCUGGUAGUCCUGGUAGUCACAAUAGUCCUGGUGGUCCUGAUAGUCAUGGUGGUCCUGGUGGUCCUGGUAGUCAUGGUGGUCCUGGUAGUCCUGGUAGUCACAAUAGUCCUGGUAGUCCUGGUAGUCCUGGUAGUCCUGGUAGUCCUGGUAGUCAUGGUGGUCCUGGUGGUCCUGGUAGUCAUUAUAGUCCUGGUAGUCAUUAUAGUCCUGGUAGUCCUGGUAGUCUUGGUAGUCCUGGUGGUCCUGGUAGUCCUGGUAGUCCUGGUAGUCCUGGUAGUCUUGGUGGUCCUGGUAGUCAUGGUGGUCCUGGUAGUCAUUAUAGUCCUGGUAGUCUUGGUAGUCCUGGUGGUCCUGGUAGUCCUGGUAGUCCUGGUGGUCCUGGUAGUCCUGGUAGUCCUGGUAGUCCUGGUAGUCUUGGUGGUCCUGGUAGUCAUGGUGGUCCUGGUAGUCAUUAUAGUCCUGGUGGUCCUGGUAGUCUUGGUAGUCCUGGUGGUCCUGGUAGUCAUUAUAGUCCUGGUAGUCCUGGUAGUCUUGGUAGUCCUGGUGGUCCUGGUAGUCCUGGUAGUCCUGGUAGUCCUGGUAGUCCUGGUAGUCCUGGUGGUCCUGACAGCUUCUGUCCAAAGACACAGCUCUAA